GUCAUUGGUUUCUUGGAGUCUAGGAAAGGUUGCAAGUAUUUCCGACCUCUCAAUUUGCUCUCUCUGCUCUUCUGUCUCUGUAUCAUUGUAGCCUGCUAGUUUGUCAAGGAAAAGAUCAAUGUCAGCCAACGAAGUGGAUUCAACGCUUCUCAAGCUAGAAUCGGCGCGCUCCGAUCUAAGAACACUCCUACAAUCAUCAGCUCAAAUGGGAAAAGACCUGGAAAAGAUGGAGAAGAAGUUUGAUUAUAUAGAUGAAAGUCUCUCAACAGCUGCAAAAAGAGUUGCGCCUUUGCAGUCCCUGGAUAUGGCUGCCAAGGCUCUUGAGACCAGAAUUAAUAGAGCGGUCACUCCGGCUCUUGAUCUCCUCCAUAGUUUCAAGCUCUCUGAAACUUUUCAGCACAAGCUCAUUGAACUCUCCGACAAACUAUCUAUUGAGAAAAACCCAAGGAAGAGGCUUAAAAAGCUGCUCAAAUACGUUCAAUGUGUUGAUCAGCUUAACGAAACUAUUAACUUAAUCAGUCGAGAUGGAGAGCCGGUGAUUCAAAAGCUUCAAGAGGUAGUGGAAUUCUUGAGCAGAACAAAAGCCGCUGAUCGAGAUCGAACAGAAAGAUUGAAGGAGACUUUAAUCACCCUUAGAGCUUUAUACGAAUCUGAGGUUGAUGCUAUGAAGUUUGAUGGGUUGCUUGACGAGUCUUUACUUAAUCUGCAGGAUGAAUUCGAGAUUAUGUUACAGCAAAUUAGACAUCAAAACAUAGGGGAGCAACAAGCGGAUGAAGAAGCUGAUCAACCAGUUCCAGUGGUCCCCGACAUUGGCACAGAAAUGCAGGUCCAAAUCCUUAAGCGAAUUGCAGAAACCCUCGCUGCCAAUGAUUGUUUGGAUAUAUGUAUUGAUAUAUUCGUUAAGAUGAGAUACAGAAGAGCAGCCAAAGCGCUGAUGCGAUUAAGCCCGGAUUACUUAAGAAAAUACACUCCAGAAGAAAUUGAUGAAAUGGAGUGGGAGAGCCUGGAGACAGCAAUUUCUCUUUGGAUACAGCAUUUCGAGCUUGCAGUCAAAACGGUCUUUGUAUCAGAAAAAAAACUGUGCAAACAAGUUUUGGGAGGACAUUCCGAAGUGCUUAUUUGGCUAGAGUGUUUCGUCAAGAUCGCGGAUAAAAUCAUGGCAGUAUUUUUCCGCUUUGGAGAAGGUGUUGCAAGGAGUAACAGCGAGCCCCAGAAACUGUUCAAACUCUUGGAAAUGUUCGACUCGUUAGAAAAGAUGAAACCCGAAUUUUCUGAGAUUUUCGAAGGUGAAUCAGGAGCUGAUAUUUGCAUACGUUUUAGGGAACUCGAAAAGUUACUCGUCCAUGCUUCAAGCAAAGUAUUUUGGGAAUUUGGCCUCCAAAUCGAAGGCACUUCCGAUGGUUUUGCACCACCACAAGAUGGUUCAAUACCGAAACUUGUGAGAUAUGCUGUCAAUUACCUUAAGUACCUUACCACAGAGACAUAUAGUGCACCAAUGGCUAAAGUUCUACGAGCAGAGCAGAUCUGGAAAGCUGGCAUCUUAUCGAAACCCGACACAGAUUGGAAUUUACUCAAAGAUGCCAUCUCUAACAUCAUGGAAGCUCUUCAGAGACACAUCGCGUCCAAGAGUUCGAGUUACAGGGACAAAGUCUUGCCCCACAUAUUCGUGAUGAACACGUAUUGGUACAUUUACAUGAGAAGCAGGAAUACAGAACUCGGGAAGCUUUUAGGAGAGCAAUACAUGAAACGGAAAUACAAGAGCGCUGCAGAGGAGUCAGCGUAUAUGUAUCAAUGGCAAUCAUGGGGAACAUUAGUAAGGUUGUUGGGGAAGGAAGAAUCGGAGGAGCAAGACACCAAAGCUGCAGCGGCUUUUGUGAGAGGUAAACUGGAAGCAUUUUUCAAAUGCUUUGAUGAGAUCUCACAAAGGCAUGCAGGGGGUUAUAGCAUCCCUGACGCUGAUUUAAGGGCACAAUUAAGAGGAGCAACAGUGAAAUUGGUGGUUCCUGUUUAUAGUGAAUUCUUGAAGACACACUCAAAGUUGUUGCCCGGAAAAUCUUAUGUUACUCCCGAAUCUUUGCAAGAAUUGGUGGAUCAUGUUUUCAACGGAACUGAUCGGAGCGGCAACAGGAGACUGAAGCGCCGAGAUCCCAAGGACAGUGUGCCGGGGAGGAAAUCGGCUUCCAUGGAGGGAGAGCUUAAGAAUUUAAGACGAUCUUGA